AUGCUGCCCGUCCGUCUAGCAUGGCGCGUCGUUAUCGACCUUACAGCGCAGCAGCACAACACCACCAACGCGACACGCAUGGCAAGGGGAAAAACCCCCCCCGUGAUUUAUGAAGCUCUCAAGGUCCAAGUUCGGCUGGCUUGCGAUGUGACGCCUGCCGACGGUCUGGAUCCUAAACCGAUCCACGAGGAUCAGGAUACAGGAUUUUUCGUUGGAAAAGGAGUUGCGGUUCGUAGUACACACCACUUCGUAGGCGAUAGCGGUAGAUGGGCGAUGGACGUGAGGGAUUAA